ACUUCAUGAGGGGUUCACCAUUAGUGAUUACUGAUGCUCUCAGCUCCUAGUUAUUUUUGCGAUAUUCAGUGUUUCUAAAUUCAGAGACAUGGCUUGGCUCCGUCUCUUUACAAGAACCCUAAGAUCUAAUAAUCCAAUACUUGAAACAUUUCCCAAAAUCUCCUCAUCUUCUUCCCGAAAUCCAAACCCUAAUCUCCCAACUCAACCUUUCUCCACCUCAUUCCUCAUCACCAAAACGCCAGAUAAAUUCAAAAAGAAGCGAAAAAAACCAGAAUCCGCCAGAACCAAACCCGUUCAGCACGAUUCGACCCGAAUCUCACAUUUCGAAUCCCUCGUCAGUCGCGACGCACAUUUCCGAUUCCUAACCCGAUCCAAAGAAUUCAUCACGAAGCAACCUGAUCGGAUUCUCCGGCUCGACGACGCCGGCAAGCUCUACCGCGAGCUAGGGUUCCCACGCGGGCGUAAGGUGACUCGUUACAUCCCUAAACAUCCUCUCAUCUUUCAGACUUAUAGACACAGCGAUGGGAAGAUGUGGUUAGGGUUUUCUGAAUUCAUGGAGGAUUUGUUAGAUGAAGAGAGAGCUUUAAUGGAUUCGAUGGAGGUUGAUAGAGUAAAUCGUGUUAGAAAGCUAUUGAUGAUGACGAAAGAUAAACGGAUCUUAUUAAGCAAAAUCCAUCACACGAGACUGAUUUUUGGGAUUCCUGAGGAUUUCAGAGACCGGGUCGGUAAAUACCCGCAUUAUUUCCGGGUCGUGACGGGUCAAGACGGGAACCGGGUACUUGAAUUGGUGAAUUGGGAUCCGAAUCUUGCAGUGAGUGAGCUCGAAAGAACGUUCAUGGUGGACGAAGAUAAAGCGAAAAGAGCGUUUAAGUUUCCAUUGAAACAUGGUAAAGAAUUGGAAUUGGAAGAGAAAGAUACGAAGAAGUUAAAUCAAUUGAACACAUUACCGUUGGUUUCGCCGUAUUCGGAUGGCUGGAAGCUUGAUGUAUGGACGUUGGAAGCAGAGAAGUACCGUGUAGGGAUCGUCCAUGAGUUCUUGAGCUUGACGUUAGAGAAAAGAGCUUCGAUUCAUCACAUUGUGGAAUUCAAAGACGAGUUUAGCUUGACUAGACAGACGUACCAGAUGCUCAAGAAGCAGCCCACUACUUUUUACUUGGCUGGCACUGAGAUGAACUGGACUGUGUUUUUGAAGGAUGGUUACGACAAAGAUGGUGUCUUGAUCGGUAAAGAUCCACAGUUUCUGUUUAACGAGAAGCUGUUCAAGUAUGCAGAUAUGCAGCAGAUGGAAAUUGAUUCUGGCUCAUCCAAGAGAUAAUCUUUUGAGCAGAAAGACACUAAAGUAGUUUUAGUGGUCAGUUUUGUUCUAAUAUUGAUAGAAAAUGUA